AUGAAUAAGGAGCCUGGUUGUUUAUCGUGACUGGUUGCCUCUUUCUAUCCACUUUUUGGAGUAUCACUUGGUACUCGCCUGCAAACACAUCUUUCAGCCUUCUAAACAGCACUCAGUCAUUUGACACGACAUCAAGGAGCAGUACAGAGACGACCGUGGCAGUUUAUCGUCAAUACGCUCAUGGACAGGGACAGCGGAAUCCAGAAAACCAGUUGGACGCUGUCCAGUUUGGUCGCCCAUGAAGAGACAAUGGAGCACCAUGGACAGCAUGAGUUAACUCCGAUGACUUCGCAAAGUCAUCCUACUCCCCCUCAGAAUAUACUAUCAGGGACGACAGCCGCCGAAGUAUUUUCUUCUGACGAUGAGGCCCUGGCAUUAUUAGAAGAAGUCACUCGAAUAAAGGCGCGACUCGAGGCCAAACUUCAGGCGAAGCAAUUGCGAAAGGCCACAGUCAAAACCGGUGCGGAGAAUACUCAGAAAUCAUCGGCCAGUAAUUCAGAUGUGGGACAGACUACAGUUCAGGACGAAGAUUCUGAAUGGGGAUCGAUGUUGACACCCGUUUCGAAACGCAACAAAGCAGGAACCCCAUUGAAAGGCGCUCCUCAAGUUGCUCCCUUAUCAUUGGAGAGUACGGAUGACAUGGUGGCCGUGGCUCUUUCCGAUAUGACAACACCUACCAAGACCACUACACCUCUUUUCUCGCCAGGGUUCAGGACGCCGUCUCCUCCAGCUCGCACACGGUUCAUGUCGCCCCCUUCUGGGUCCUCGUCUAGGAAACGACAGCAUAGUCCAUCGCCUCUUCCCAAACAACCCUCGCUAUCUUCACAGGGAGGACGAUAUGGGACCUCUACACCAAGUUCAAAAAGACAGUCUCGUCUUCUGAAGGAAGGCUCCGUCACACCCGUGAAGGCGCCUUCAUGGAACAGUGCGAUCGAUGCAGAGGCAGUACUCGAUAGUAAGGAACCAAUGAAUUCAUUUCAGGACCUACUGGAUGAGGAUCUGGAUGAUGCGUUCCUGGAUGCCUUGAUCGAUGACGAGGACUUUGAGCGACUGUCGCCGGCACCAAUCAACGGACCGUUCUCUACUGUACCGCUUCCCAACAAAGACAAAGCCAAGGACGAUUUAUCAGUUCACAGCCAACCAACGAAGGAUGUAGCUGGGGACGGCAUUACAGAACCCACGCUGACAGAAAUCGUCCAGGCUCAGAAACGGAAACGAGAGACGGAUCGCUUGAUGCAGAGUAACUCGAGGGCAACAUUUUACACUAAGAGAGCCAGCUGCGAGCCACUUUCAUCUGAAGAGUCUACACAACUGGGCCAUACCGCAGAUUUUGAUCCUCUAACAGGACUUCGGAUAAGGGAUCGUAUUACGACAUGCGAUGAUGCAGCAAAGAUGACUCGAGAUCUACGGAUAAUACCCAUUAAGGAUAGAGACCGGAUCCGUGAGAAUGCGACAAGACGUCCAACAACUGGCGUACUAUCGUUGUCAGCACCUAAUGGGGCUGCUUCAACAGGUAGACUUGGGAGCAGCAAUACUAGCAGUACCACGAUAGGACCGGAUGGGAGAGACUGGAUGGUCGCUGGCGUGAUUGGGGCGAAAUCAAAGCAGCGAAUGACCGCCAAGAAAGUCCGGUACUGCCACUUUCAGCUCUGCGACCUUCGAGGUAGUGUUAUCAACGUGUUCAUGUUCCGGACAGCCAUGGAGAGACAUCACGGCAAAUUGCGUGUUGGAGAUAUUGUCGCCAUCAUGGACCCAAAGGUCUUGAGCCAGGCCGAGCAUGCAGGGACCCUUGGAGUCGAGGUUGAGCAUCCGGACUGUCUUAUUGUCAUUGGGACGAGCAGCGACUUUGGGUUAUGCGAGGCUGUAAAAUUGAAUGGCGAAAACUGCGGCAAGAUUCUGGAUAGACGAGGGUCGAUCUAUUGCAAUUAUCACAUCAUGAUGGCCACGAACAAGCGCCGCAAUCAGCGAGGGAGCCUCAUUGCUGGAACCAGCUCGAUCUACGACCUAGAAAAAACACCGGUGCAGGCUGGUCCUACAGGUGUAUUGCACAGGAUAGGCGGCGUGGGCCAUUCAAAGCCUCCAUCAGAAAGAGCUCGGAUGUUGGCGCGUGAACCGAAGGAAACCACGUAUAUAUUCGACGAUGACGGGAUCGGGACUUCAUCGAUGAUGGAUUAUAAGAGUCCAAGCAAGGGCCCUCAGCAGUCUGGUGAUAAUCUAUCAACAUUCUUGAUGAACCAGAACAAUCCCGGUGGCCAAUACCUGCGACAGUCAAAGACGAGCAAAGAUGCGGCAUGGGCCAAAGAUGUCACUUCACCUAAAACGCCCACAAAGACCACAGAGCUGUUCCCCGUGGAGAUGAUCCGCAGGAUGGGCUAUGAUCCCGUCUCUGGAAAGUUUGUUCCUGGUAGUCCUAAGCGAUUGAACGACGAUCUCGAGGCAAGGGAACGCUCUCUUCGACUCUUGGCCGAACGCGUCAAGUCGCCGCCAGCACCUAUGCGUCCAUUGAAGGACCCGUCGUCGGUCCGCCAGCGCACCAUCGAUAUCAAAGGUACUAUGCGUCCCAUUGCACAACCAAGGGCCAGCAAAGCAGCCACGCCCAAAGGUGGUCGUGAAGUCCAGGGCGAUAUAUUUUUCUCAAAUCAACCAGCGCGGGGGAGCGUAUCAGAAUCUAGCAAAUCCCAAAAAUGGAUCGAUCUCGACGAUGGUUCCAGCGGUAGUGAAUCCGACGAACAUAAAUCUCUUCUCUCGCUUAGUCAACAGCGCGCGAAGAAUCUUCUGGAGUCCAGCAAACGACAAAGACAAAAGCACUGUCCUCCACCAGCUGUUGGACUUGCAGGGACACCCAAACCAGGCAUGACGGAAGCGACACAUCCACCGCCAAUGCUGCCUCUGGGGCCUCGUGCUGCAGACCCCGUCAUGUUGACCAUGGCGCGAAAAGCCGCACCACAGGCAACUUCGGCUGAUCUGCUAUUACCUAGAGCCAAAGCUGAGCCCGAGAAGGUGCUUGUAGCGAAAGCAGAUCCUCUUCUAAAUCCAGAAUCUGAUGUUGGCGCCGAUACCCAUUUGCACACGUCAGCUCCCUCGGUAACGGAAAACGAUAGCAAUUCUACCAGAAAGAAGCAGCGAUACGUAGAUUUUUCUGACUGAUUAAUAAAUUGCAAG